UAAGGCCUGGCGCUUUCACUGAACACUGGGGGGGCGUCGUUCAGGGGGAGGAGCUUUGUCUCAGAUGAAUAGUAAUGAAUUCAAAGGACUGGAAACAGGAAAUCCGUCCGUCCGCUCGCUCGCUCGCUCCCACUACCUCCCCCCUGUAGUUUGACCAUUCUCCGCCUGUCCAUCCAUCCCCGCACCGUGCUGCACGUGAGGCGCCCGCUCUUUCAUCCGCCCCGCGAGGACGUUCACCUUCCUGGUUUUCCCGCUCUUGUCGCGCGCCACACUUCUUGGUGGUGAAACGCUUGCGUCGGUCGCCAGCGCUCAGACAGAGUCCAGUCCUUGUCACUGGAGAAGCAACACCAAGCCGCCAAGCGCGAGGGCGGCCACCGACUAAGUGAGGCGAUGGCGGGCAGGGCGCUGAAGGACGCGGACCGGUACCAGGCGAUUCUCUCCUCGCUGCUCGCCCUGGACGAGAACAAAUUCUGCGCCGACUGCAUGGCCAAAGGCCCUAGAUGGGCCUCCUGGAACCUGGGAAUUUUCAUCUGUAUCCGCUGUGCGGGAAUCCACCGAAACCUGGGGGUCCACAUCUCCCGAGUCAAGUCAGUCAACCUGGACCAGUGGACACCGGAACAGAUUCAGUGUGUCCAGGAGAUGGGCAAUGCCAAAGCCCGGCGCUUGUACGAAGCCUUCCUGCCAGCCUGUUUCCAGCGCCCUGAGACUGACCAAUCUGCUGAGAUCUUCAUUCGUGACAAGUAUGACAAGAAGAAGUACAUGGACAAGGGCAUUGACAUCCAGUCUCUCCGGAAAGAGAACAGUGACUCCGUAGCUAAAGAGAUGCCAGUUGUGUUUGAGAAGAUGAAAAUGAAGAAGGACGAGUUGCAACAACCAAAAAUCAGCCCAUCAAAACGAGCUCCGCAAGUUACGGACCUGUUAGAGCUUGACACCCCAGUUCCUGUAGCCAAUGGGAAGCCCAGUCCUGAAAUGAGCCACUCCCUGGAUUUGUUCAGCUCUCUGCCUGCUGCCAGCAACGUGGCUGAUGCCAGUAAAACGCCAUUCAGUGCUGACCCUUUCCAGCCAACUUCCACAUCUAUGCCCACAAACCGGCAAGUUGGUGGCUCAGUCCCAGAGAACCUUAGUCUCUUCCUUGACCCAACACCAAAGCCAGAGGAGAGCAACAAGAAAUUGUCAAAGGACUCCAUCCUUUCCCUGUACAGUAGCGUCAUGCCUCAUGCAAACAGCAUGGCUGCCCACAGUGGAAUGUACUUGGCUCCAGGCCACAUGGGCUACGCAGCAGCAGGAUAUGGACAGUACCAAGCCAUGUCUCCUCAGGGUGGCAUGAUGGGGACCGUAAUGGGGCCACAGAUGGGUGGGCUUGGGCAGCCAGCACACAUUCUGGCCCAGACUACAAUGCCUGGCACCACACCAUAUAUGUCGGGGAUACAAGGGAGCUUGAUGGGGCUGCCUAACAGCAUGAUGGGAGGCGUUGCAUCUCUGCCUCAGCAGAUGUAUGGUGUUCAACAGGCCCAGCAGCUGCAGUGGAACAUUGCACAGAUGACGCAGCAAAUGGCUGGCAUGAACUUCUAUGGUACCAGCAGCAUGAUGGGUUACACUCAGCCCAUGGGUGGAGGAGCGGCACCAGCAGCCAGUCACAUGUUGGGAACACAUGUGUGGAAAUGAUCCCAAUAAGAUGGAGGUGCAGGGUGUGUGGGGUGGAAGUGUGUUUCAGCAUGGACAAAACUUUGUCAGAUAUUGGACACACUGAGGUGCAGUUCUGGGCAGAGUGGGAUUUAGGGGUGUCCCACUUGUCUCCCUCACCACCUCAACCUACUUCGCCAUCACUUUUCAAGAUCUCCAUGUUUGCCUUGAGUUGUUGUAGACCUCAUGUUGGUUAAGGUUCAGGGGUCACAGCAGAAAGGCCUCCCAAUGCUGGGACCAGUCCCAGAAUGCUUCACAGCAAGUAGCUCUGCCUGACCAACAUUCUGCAGUCUUUCUAGAGUGUCCGUCUUCAUGUGUCAUGUCUGCGUGGUUUGUUUUUGCUGAUAGCCAGGUUUCUGUGUUCACCUGGCUCUGUCUCUGACAGAUGUUUUACAGUCUGCGAAGGAACAGUCAGUGGCUAUAGUGGGUCAGGUACCAGUGCUGUCUCUCACAGUGAGCAAUGCCACUAUUUGCUUUUACUUGACACAGCUGAAACCUUUAGGUCGCCCUCCGUUCUGAAAAUGCUUUUCUGGUUAACUUUUCGAUCUUUAGUUAUUUAACUCCUUGUUUCACCUACAACAGACUGGAUGGGUUUGCUUCUACUCAGCUGUUCUUUGAUUCACCAGGAAACCGUCUUAAUCGAGUAUGAUUCAGGUUGUAUGGUUUUCCUGGGGAGAAGAAUAGGAAACAGAAAGCAGGUUCUUACUCUGUCUAGAAAUGAGUAAUUGAUGGCCCGAUGUGUUUGAAUUGUCCUUUUUAAGAGCUCUCUUCCAGCAGAGAGCUUGAUUUCUUUCUGAUAGUUUAAAUUAAUGACAAUUGGGAGACCAAAGAUAUGCAAAAGCUUUAAUAAGUAGCCUCAUAAACUGUCUUUCUAUAAUCCCAGACACGUUACACUGUUCUUCUGAAGCAGCUGCAGAAUUACUGGAGGAGUAUGGAGACACAGGAUUGCUGCUUCUUGACUGUAACUCUUGUAACUUCUGCUUGCUUUUCGAUCUGUUAUGUCCAUAAUGGUGAUGUCAUUGAAAUGAAUGUCCACACCUAAAGAUUAUUGAAUGUACACUGUGAGCAUUAAGAAUGGCACUUAAAAGGAAACAUGAGGCACUGAUUAGUACAACAUUUACCUGGUUCUUCUCAUAUGCUGAAAGAAAUGAGAUUAGUGUGUGAGACUGACAUGACCCAUUUCUCCUUCAUCAGCUGUUUCUCAUUGACUUGGUCUGGUGUGACAGUUGUGUGUAAAUUUUCCUUGUAUGUGGACUGGGUGGCGUACAUGCUCUUGUGCUUCGGCCACGAGGACUAGACCACAGGGUCAGCUAAAUCUGCGUGCCUGACUGUGUUUGGGGAGAAGAUCCAGGCUCUCCAUAGGGACAACUCGAAUUCUGAAUGUCAUCAGCACAUCAGUGCGUAGCUUUUGCUGUAAAACCAGCGGUUUGUUUCAUAGGUUAGUGCUGCCCUCCUGCAGUGAUUUACUCCAGAAUGCUGGUUUUCCAUGUACUUUCUGACAUGGAACUGAUGGUAUCAGUUACUGAUAUGCCUCCUGUUGGUGACUGGUACAGCUUAUAUCAUGAAAAUGUUGCUUCUCCAGUUGCCUUGGUGAUGCUCCAUGCACAGUCCUUCCCACCAUCUAACACUGGUUAAAUAUCUCCACUGGACAACAGGAAGUGAGGUUGAGUGACUCGUUCAGAAGAGAGAGGCGCAAAUCCCUGCCCCGCUGAUACACCCACACUCUCAGCGUGGCUGCAAGUGUCGUCAGACGUCGUGAUUCCCGCUGUGAGGAAUGAUCCGCAUCCGAGAUGAUUAUGUCCACCAGAGUAGGCUGUUUUCAUCAGAGUAUGAGAGAGAUUCAUGCCCUUGUUACUGACUCCUCGCAGUUCUGUACGCUCCUUUCCAUGAUACCGAGGAGAGACCAGGUACACUGUACAUCUCUUGAGCACAGUGUGUACCGAGCGCCUCCUGGUGGCUGAGGGUGAGUUUGCGGCUCCGCUCCUUCUCGCAGUUCUUACUUAAGAUGUUUUUGGAAUCCGGCUUCAGAGUGGCAUUGCAGAAUUCC